AUGUCGGCGACGCAGCUCGAGCACGCGCGACGAGCGCACGAAGAGAUCGAGCGGCUGGAGCGUCGCGCGGCGCGCGCGCUGAGCGACGGCGCGCCGACGACGCACCGGGCGCGAUUGACGCAGAAUCGAAUCGUCGACGCGAUUUUAACGGCGAGCCGACGAACGUACGCGGACGACGAUGGAUCGAUGCGGGAAGAGGCGGAGAGCAUGGGCGACGGUGAGGACGUCGAGAGGGCGCUGCGAGGGUUCUAUGAGGCGGUGAAGGAGACGCGGCGGUCGCACGCGGCGCGCGCGGGGGCGGUGGCGGAGGCGGGCGGAGCGUUCGCGGAGGAAAUCGUAGAAGAGGCGGAGCGCGCGGUCGGUGGGGUGUUUAGUGGAGAGGAGAAUAGUGGGAGGUAUUUGGAUUUGCACGAAUCGCACAUGACGUACGCGAACGCGACGUUCGGGGAGAGGUGCGAUUAUUCAGAGUAUUUGGAACGGUGCGGGAAUUUCGCCGAGACGCCGAGGUCGAAGAAGUUUUGCGCGGCGUACACCGAUUAUUUGGACGCGUUGUUGGCGUACUUGCGAUCGUUUCAUGAGCGCGCGAUUCCUCUGCAGUUCGUUCACAAGGCGUUAGCGCAAGACGCGGAGGAGUUUGAGCGCCGAUGGAAAAAGGGCGAGUGUCCGGGGUGGGAAGACGGCGGCGUGCGCGCCGUGGACGAAAAGACCCUCGAGUCGAGCGCGGUGGAUCUCUCGGCGUUCAAGUCUUUGAAAGACAUGGAAAAGGCGCUCGACGUCGAUGCGAUCAAAUCCGCCCUCGGGUCCUUGGGUCUGAAGGCGGGAGGCACGCCCGAGCAGCGCGCCGAGCGAUUGUGGAGCGUCAAGGGCAAAAAGCUGAGCGACAUCGACCGAAAGCUCUUCGCCAAGGGUGUAGUCCUCGGUUCUGCGUCGUCGACGUCAAAGAAGAAAAAGUCACAAAACGGUGAAGACGGCGACGCGAAAGUCAAGGCUGAAAACCGCGCGCGCGCCAUCGCCUUCAAAGAGAGCCAGUGCGCGCUCGUGUUGAAGCUCCUCGGCAAGCAACUCGACGCGACGCGCACCAACGUGGAGAAGAAAUCCACGCUUUCGCUCGCAGAGCUUCAAGCCGAGGCCGAGGAAGACGAUGAUUUCUCCGACGCGGAAACGGAUGAGGACGAAGAAAUUUACAACCCGUUGAAGUUACCGUUGGGGUGGGACGGGAAACCGAUUCCGUACUGGCUUUACAAGCUUCACGGUUUGAACAUGGAGUACACGUGCGAGAUUUGCGGUAAUUACUCUUAUUGGGGACGACGCGCCUUCGAGCGCCAUUUCACCGAGUGGCGACAUCAGCACGGCAUGCGGUGCUUGAAAAUCCCGUACACGAAAGCCUUCAACGAAGUGACGUCCAUCGCCGACGCCGCGGCGUUGCACAAAAAUUUGUCCCAACGCGAGGUGGGAACCUUCAACGUCAAGCUCGAUGCCGAAGUGGAAGACGCACAAGGAAACGUGUACAACAAGAAGACGUACGAAGAUUUACAGCGUCAAGGCUUACUUUAG